AUGGAUUAUGUGGCUCGACCCAUGGAAAUUCAGUCUGUGGGGAUUGGCCAAAAGGAGGAUGUUGUUCGCCGUUUGUUUUGCGGUAAUUCAACCUCACAUUGCGGUUAUGGUUGCCAGUCUGGCCCAUGCCUCGAAGAGUCUCUUCUUAAACUGCCUCGUCUUUCAUGGUUUUCUGCCCAGCGAAUAUCAGGAACUUUCAGAAUUGUUGGUCGAUCCGGUGUCCCACCAAUGAUUGCAGCCCUCGCGCUCAAUGGUCGAGUGAUCUUCGCUGAUAAAGUCGAAAACUACACUGAGAUAACAUUUGAAGAUGGCAGAUACGCUUAUUCUACGGAGUACGACCCCAUGACCGAUACAUUAGUUUCGCUUAGGUACAAGACAAAUGCAUUUUGCAGUGGUGGCACUUUUUUAGCUGAUGGUCGUAUACUCUCUGUUGGGGGUAAUGGGCCUUUAAAGUGGUUGGACCCAACAGUAGACGAUGGCUUCCGUGGAAUUCGAUAUUUGGACCGCAGAUUUGAUGAUGACAGACUCGAUGGUGCAUAUUGGUAUGAGCCAGGUUACACUCUGUCAACACCUAGAUGGUACCCUAGCACACAAACACUUGAAGACGGACGAAUCUUUGUCGCCUCUGGUAGCUUGAAUGGCGAUGAUCCAAGUGUCGCGGAAAAUAAUAACCCAACGUACGAGCUCCUUGAUAGAGACGGAUCUCCCUAUGGUGAUAGUAUUGAGCUGUCGAUUCUCGAGAGAAAUCAGCCCUAUUAUAUGUACCCAUUUCUACAUUUGUUAAGGGAUGGUACUCUGUUUAUUUUUGUUUCCAAAUCGGCGGAGAUUUUUGAUGUUGAUUCUGGAAUUACUGUCAAAACAUUACCGGAUCUUCCUGGCGACUACCGUACUUAUCCUAACUCGGGGGGCAGUGUCCUCCUGCCACUUCGCAGCUCAAACGGCUGGGAGCCUGAAGUCAUGAUUUGUGGUGGCGGCGCUUUCCAAUCUCUUGAUAGUCCAACAGACCCGAGCUGUGGGCGGAUCCGGCCUUUGUCUGAUAAUGCUAAGUGGAAAAUGGAAGCCAUGCCUGGUGGCCGAAUCAUGGGUGAGGGGAUACUGCUCCCUGAUGGGAGAGUACUCUGGAUCAACGGCUGUAGCACUGGUGCUCAAGGAUAUGGCGUUGCAAAGGACCCCAUCCUCACACCUUGGAUUUAUCGACCUCGAGCUCCCUUAAAAAACCGGUGGGCCAUCGGAGGAAGCAGUACAAUACCACGAAUGUACCACUCCGUAGCUCUGCUCUUGCUUGAUGGUACGGUGUUAGUCGCAGGCUCCAAUCCGAUCGAGCAACCCCUCCUGGUCACAAAUCCCGAUGUUCCCGAGCUUGCUUUUCCCACCGAGUUUCGAGUCGAAAUCUACACACCUCAUUAUUUAAUGGGUGGAAACGCUGACAGAAGACCUCAAAAAGUAUCUCUUUCAAAACGAUAUCUUGUGGCAGACAGCAGUACAUUUACAUUGAAAUUUGUGGCCGACGGCGAAAACAAGAAACUUGAUAUUGUUCUUUAUCAUGGAGGGUAUGUCACUCACAGCGUUCACAUGGGGCACAGAAUGCUGUAUCUUGACCAUCAAGGGUGGAAGCCUUUCAAACGAAAACAAAAAAUUACGGUAACCAUGCCCCCCAGCUCCAGAAUUGCGCCUCCUGGCCCGUAUGUGAUCUAUGUGGUUGUUGACGGCAUUCCGAGUGUAGGACAAUUUGUGAUGGUGCAGAAUGGAGAUGAAUAA